AUGGGCGAGGGCACGAUCUCCGUACCAGCACUUCCGGAACAUUACGAGCUGCCCCCACAUACCAGGGAUUGGGACAUGCCACCGGCAUUAUUCCUGCGCGUGGUCAAAGAGCAAGGUGGGAUCCCAAUCCAGGUGACGAGUGACAAGGGGACAGAGACGGGUAGACUGGCCGCAAUCCAGACCAUGCUGCGCCAAACUUUCCAGCCCCAUCUCGACAGCCAAAUCCUACCACCACAUGUAUUCGUGAAGAGCACGUACAACAUUACACGCGAGAGAGCCUGGCGUCCGCUCUGGGAGAAGGAGAUGGCAAAUGUCCUAGAGUCAUGGAGGCUUGGCAAGGACGAUUCAGGAUAUCAUCCAGAAGAUCCUAUACACCAUGGCAUUGCUUUGUGGCUGUGGGCGAAGAUCGUUCAAGUCAGAUUGGACCGCGUCCGUUAUGAGCAAAAUACCCACCACAUUCGGAAGCAAAGGAAGGUGAGACUUCCGACAGGUGGAAAACCACAGGAUUUCUAUGACCAUCCGGAAGACUAUGGCGGGCGCAAGCAGUUGAUUCAGAUUCCAGAUAUGAGUUUGGUAGAUCGGUUACUCGCAGAGUACACACCCGAGAAAUUAUUCCAGUUCGGAUCGGACGAGACGGUGGCUUUGGCGGAGCAGCUAUUCGAGGCCAUCGGAUGUCCCGCCCUGAGUGCAUCACAAGGCUGGGCGGUGUUCAAAGCAAUGAUUAGUGUACUGGAUGUCAUGAUACACUCGAGAACUUAG